AUGUAUUCGCUCGCCGAAGACAACACCUCAAGAUCCCUGUCCAACGGCCAGUCCCUAACUUUACACCCGUUCAAAGUGGUACUACUGGGCGCACCGGGAGUGGGAAAGACAUCCCUCAUGGGUCGAUACAUGAAAGGCGAGUAUAAAGUCCAUCGACUCUCGACUACCUGUGCCGACAGUAUGACCCGUACGGCCUGUCUGGACGACUCGCGCGUGCGACUGGAGCUCUGGGACACUCCCGGUGCCGAUUGGCACCGACACCUCCUACCCAUGUAUUACGACAGAUGUCACGCAGCGGUCGUAGUGUACGAUACGACUGUCCGCCGGACGUAUAACUCGGCGAAGGCUAUGGUGGCGGAGCUGAAGCGCCGGUGCUCUCACGAGAUUAUGAUCGCACUGGCGGGCAAUAAAGUGGAUUUAGUGGACAGUCGUGUUGUGGGGGAACUGGAGGUCGAGAAGUACGUGAGAGAUAAUGGACUCAUAUAUGCGGAGACAUCGGCUAAAAGUGGUCUCAAUCUGAACGGACUGUUCGUUGCGAUGGUUAAGCAGUUGCCUGAGUGUGACUGA